UGAAUCGUGUCUCCACUGAAAAGCUGUUCUGCGGCUGACAGGAUCAUCGGGCACUGCUGCGGAGCCCAUGCAGCUCCAGUCCUUGKACAAAUCUGGCUCAUCUCUAGCCUAUAGACCUGCUAUUAUCAACUAGGGAAUCAAACACGCAAAGUGAUUCUUCUUUGCCUUGGUAUACAGUAGAAGCCCUGACUGAGAUGUAUGGACAGAACCCUAACUGGUUGUGGUCGAACGGGGCGCCUCUACGCCACCAAGGGCACCUGGGCAGACUUGGCUCAGCAACCCCGAGGCAAUGGGAGGAUGAGGAAGAAGGAAAAGAGGAAGAACAUGCAAUUUGGACCAGGGAGCAUCCAGCAAUCUGUUGCUAUACUACAAGUAAGGAUGGCCAUGGCCUCAUCCAAGACUGUGUUCAGAACCACUGGGGCUGGGCUGGUACCGAGAGUCCCUUUGGCCCUGUCCACACAGACGUAGUUAGCAUCCAACGCCAGAGUGACACAGGGCUAGAUGCCCCUGAAAUGUGGAUGGAUGUCCCCCCACACCAGCCUUCCUUGGGUGGGGCUGAUGGAGAAGAAUCAUCCCAUCAUUGUUUAGACAGUCAAUGGGGGAGCCACAGGACAGAGGGCCAUGGCUGUGUUUGUGUGCAUGGACCAAGUGAACCAGGAAGAUGUUGCCACAGUUGGGCUGGUUCCCCUCUCUUCAAUUUCGGAAGUAAGAUGAGGAAGACAAUAAUGGUAGGAGUCGAGGUGGAAAUAGUGGAGGAAGUAGCCUUUGAGGACACAGAGACACUUGAAGUAAUAUCAGGAGUCUAUCCAAAUUAUUUGAUGGAAACCAUAUUGCUGCACGAUGACCAGCUUUUCCCCACCUAAACCUGCAUUCCUUCAAAAGUUGUUUGCAAGGGAACUUUCUGUGUUUUUAAAUGUCAGCCUUGUCGUUUGAAUGUAUUUUAAAUGUAUUUAAAUGUAGUUUAAAUAUUAAAAUGUAUUUUAAAUACCAUUUAAAGGCCUUUUAUAUGUCAGUGUUAUGUAAGUGACGUCACAUUAAUUUAAAAAAACAUUUCCCCAAUAAAAUAAGAAAACCUUU